AUGGAUUUUUCUGGACAGCAAGGUUUCAAAGAUGUCACCGUGAGUCCCCCAUUACCAAUGAUUUUUCCUAUCGGAGUGGAAUGUUUUUGUAAUAUUGCGGUUACAAUAGGUGGAGAGGUUUUGUUGGUGGCGACCACAACCCGGAAUGUUGAAAAUGGAAGAAGUUUCCGCCUCUACAAGAUGGAUCCUGAGGCAGACCCAGAUGACUGCAACGCCGAUCUUCUUGAGGUAGAUUCUCUUGGUGAUGAGGCCUUGCUGACUUGGGAACCACCGUCCCUGCUAAUGAUCAUACCCUUGGUUUCGAACCAAACUCUAUCUACUUCACCCAGCAUUACCGUUCCCGUCUCCGUGUCCCUUAUAAGCUAG